UGCACAGAGCACUGCCCGCUCUCGCGCUUGCGCCGAGAGGGUCCAGCAAUGGCUGCGCCCGAGGGGUCCCUGAGGAAGCGGAAGGUCGUGGACGCGGACCGCGGGCCAGGAUCGCUGCCCGUGCCGGAGCCUGAUGCCGCGGCCGGUCACACUGGUCUCCGUACGGGUACCUUCUGGUUGACCAGGAUCGUGCUCUUGAAGGCCCUCGCUUUAGUUUACUUUGUGGCAUUCCUGGUGGCUUUCCAUCAGAACAAGCAGCUGAUUGGUGAACGGGGCCUGCUGCCCUGCAAGGCAUACCUGAAGAGCAUCCAGCAGUACUUCCAUGGCAGGAUUGGCUGGGAUGCCUGGAGCUACGCCCCAACCAUCCUCUGGCUACUGGACUGGUCAGACAUGAACUUCAACCUGGACCUCAUUGCUAUUCUCGGAUUGGGCAUUUCCUCCUUCAUCUUGAUAAGUGGCUGUGCCAACAUGAUCCUCAUGGCCAUGCUGUGGGUCCUCUACCUAUCCCUGGUCAACGUGGGGCAGGUCUGGUAUUCUUUUGGAUGGGAGUCACAGCUGCUGGAAACAGGGUUCCUGGGAAUCUUCCUCUGCCCCCUUUGGACACUGUCCCGGCUGCCCAAAUACACCCCCACAUCCUUGAUUGUCCUAUGGGGCUUCCGGUGGCUGAUUUUCAGGAUCAUGCUUGGAGCAGGCCUGAUCAAAAUCCGGGGUGACCAGUGCUGGUGGGACCUCACCUGCAUGGACUACCACUAUGAGACGCAGCCCGUGCCCAACCCCCUGGCCUACUUCCUGCACCAGUCACCCUGGUGGUUCCACCGCUUCGAGACACUCAGCAACCACAUCCUGGAGCUGCUGGUGCCCUUCUUCGUGUUCCUUGGACGCCGCCUGUGCCUCCUCCAUGGGGUGCUGCAGAUCUUCUUUCAGGUGGUCCUCAUUCUCAGUGGGAACCUGAGCUUUCUGAACUGGUUGACCAUCGUGCCUAGCCUCUCCUGCUUUGAUGAUGCCACGCUGGGAUUCCUGUUUCCUUCAGGGCCAGGCGGCCUGAAAGAUCGAGUCCUGAGGAUGCAGAAGGAGGAAGCUGGAGGGGCCAAGCCUGAGCCAAGAUAUGGCUGCUUGGUACGGCGUGUGGCCAACAUCUCGCUGGGCAUCCUGCUGGCUUGGCUUAGUGUGCCUGUGGUCAUCAAUCUGCUGAGCUCCAGGCAGGUCAUGAACACCUCCUUCAAUCCACUGCGGAUUGUCAACACCUACGGGGCCUUUGGAAGCAUCACCAAGGAGCGGACAGAAGUGAUCCUGCAGGGCACAGCCAGUGCCAAUGCCAGUGCCCCUGAUACUGUGUGGGAGGAUUAUGAGUUCAAGUGCAAACCAGGGAACCCCUGGAGGCGGCCAUGCCUGAUCUCCCCCUACCACUAUCGCCUGGACUGGCUCAUGUGGUUUGCAGCCUUCCAGACCUACGAGCAGAAUGAGUGGAUCCUACACCUGGCUGGCAAGCUCCUGGCCAACAAUGCUGAAGCUGUGUCCCUGCUGGCCCUCAACCCCUUUGAGGGCCGGGAGCCCCCCAGGUGGGUCCGUGGAGAACACUGGCGGUACAAGUUCAGCCGGCCCGGAGGCAAGCACGCCUCAGAAGGCAAGUGGUGGGCACGCAAGAGGAUUGGCCCCUACUUUCCCCCACUGCGCUUGGAGGACCUGAAGGACUAUUUCCAGGCACGAGGGUGGCCCCUAGAAGAACCCAUGUAGCUUUCAUCCCCCCAAUAAAGGUCAGAGCCAACA